CGAAUGGACUGGACCGUUUUUUAUAUUUUAUCACUUCGUAAAUACAAAUAGACCCUCUUCCCAAGGAAAAGAUCUCCAAACUAUAACAGCACUAAGUGUAAAAAAUACUCAACUUCACAAUUCUUCAAAGAUUUUUCCACCAUUCGGGCGAAUUCGCCUGAAAUGACGCUACCAUUUCUUCCUCUGACUGAACGAGAACCUAACCUAUUUCCGACCCACAAAACGCCAAUUUCUCCAAAUUUUCGUUAAUCAAUCGUCACAGAAGCCACGAAUUAGUUAAAAAAGUGUUGUGAGUGACUCCCUGCUUCUUCAGUUCAAGAAACCAGGGGCAAUCUAACUUUAGAAGAUUCCAGUGAACGUAAUUAAUGUGACAAUUCUUGCCUCCUUGAGACUUUCGUGAUCUCAUUCUCGACAGUUUCGUUUGUUUCGGACUGCCUAAAACAAGACAAAUAAUCGAGAUGUACCUGCAGGUCUCGGCAAGUUCCCUAAGCACAUGACAAGUGUCAUCUGAAAAUCGCGCGAAAAUUUCGCAUCAGAAGGCGUGUGUUUACCAACAAACCGAUACAGUUUAUAACCCCAUUUCGACAAUUUUCUUCGAGAAACGAGCGUAGGAGAAAGUUGGCCUCUACCUUUCUCGUUUUCAGUUCUCGUUUUCGUCUCACCUUUCCACCGAAGAUGUGUCGUUCCUAAUUUAAAGGGAAAAAAGUUAAUUAAACAAAAGAAAAAACUGUGAUUAAAGUAGAAAUAAUUGUAAAAAUAGCUAUAAUGUCAAUGGAUAUCACAGAAGAUGGAAUUAUAGAACAUCCGCGAUCUAUAAUUCACCUGGAUAUGGAUUGUUUUUACGCCCAGGUGGAAAUGGUGCAGCAUCCGGAACACAAAGAUAAACCGCUGGGAGUUCAACAAAAAAAUAUGGUUGUAACGAGUAAUUAUUUGGCUCGUCAGUUUGGAAUUGAAAAGUGUAUGUCUGUCCAAGAGGCACUCCGGUUAUGUCCAGGUUUGGUUUUAAUCCUAGGAGAAGAUUUGACGAGGUAUCGACAAGUUUCUACCAAGAUUUUUGAAAUUUUUCACCGGUUCACUCCACUUGUUGAAAGAUUAGGAUUGGAUGAGUGUUUUAUUGACGUCAGCUCGCUCACGGAGAAAUAUAUGUGUGAUAAAAGUUCGGAGAUUGAUGGUGCGGAUUUGAUGGGUAACGGAAAGUUUUUUGGCGACCCGGAGGAAGAAUGUCCUUGUGGGUGUCAUGCAAGGUUGAUGGCGGCUGCGAGGAUCACGAUGGAGAUGAGGAAUAAGGUUUUCAAAGAGCUAGGACUCACCUGCAGUGCAGGAAUUGCUCAUAAUAAAUUACUGGCGAAACUUGGAGGCUCCUUGAAUAAACCGAAUGGACAGACCUUGGUGUACCCUUGUGCUGCGGCUGCUCUACUUUCCUCAGUGGGACCUGUUUCAAAAAUUCCUGGUGUCGGACAAAAGAUGACGGAACUUUUACAGGUGAACGACAUCACAACUACCGAGGAUCUACGGAGAAUUACCCUGGAGAAGUUGGAGCAAAAAAUCGGCAAGGAUCUCGCAAGGAAGCUAAAAGACUUGGCAGAAGGAAUAGACGACUCAGUAGUAAAACCCUCAGGUAAACCUCAAUCAAUCGGCCUGGAGGAUGGUUUCAAAAAUAUCUCCCUCGUCGACGAAGUCGAAUCGCGACUUGGUGCUCUUCUCAGAAGACUCACGGAACUCGCCACUGAAGACGGUCGAAUCCCCGUCGCCAUGAAACUCACAGUUCGCAAGCAGGACUUCAACAAACCAAAUUCCGGAAAGAGAGAAACGAGACAGUGUGCUUUGCCCCAGCACCUUCUGCCCCACACAAAAAACGGGGUCUACGAUCACGCCAAAAUGCUUGCCCUUGCCAUGAAGCUAUUCCACAGGGCAGUCGAUGUCUCGAAACCCUUUCACCUAACUCUACUCGGGGUUGCCUUCACGAAAUUUCAGGAGAGGACUUCCGGAAGAAGCAGUAUCACUUCCUUCCUAAGAAAACAAGUAGCCGUUCAAUCCGUUCUCGACAUCAGUUCCGAAGAGGGAAUUUUGGACACGAAAGUUGGAUCCCCGAUGAGUACAAAUCAGGACAGUAAUGAUGCUUCCGAUGUUUCGAUUCCGAAUUUUGAGAGCAGCUUUCUCUCGAUCAGUUCAGAUUCGAUUAAUAGUCCAAGACCUGCGGCUGAGAUUUAUCAGCACACCGAUGAUGAGGACUUGCCCUGUGAAACGGAACCUUCCCCGAAGAAGACGAAGCUCGAGGUAUGGCUGCGAGAAUCGCACAGGGAGUCGCCGAGUAACGAAAUGGCUAGUUUGAGACUUGGACCUUCAUCCUCGAUUUCCACGCCGUCCAGAAAGGAAUCUGUUGUUCUCAAAUCCUUGCCACUAGACCUUCAGAGGGAAGUGAGCCACUGGCCCGUCGCCAGCAAAACGAAAGCGAACAAUAUAUACAAACAGUUUAUAACUAAUAAGUGACAGUGUUAUUUACAGUUAGACUUUACUUGGCCCUUCUUUUAUAUAUUUCUAAACACAAUUUGUAUAAAACCAGGUGACAGUAAUGCGCUAAGGAGAUAAAGAGAGAAACAGAAUAUAAUAUUUUCGUCAA